CUAAGUCUAUUGAAAAGCAGUGACACUUGCAUAUUCCAUCAAAAGGAAAGCAAGGAAAUGUCGGCGACGGCGAGAAUUGUUAGCGGGAUAAUCCUAGUGUUUGCUAUAUACUGCGGCACAGACCCAUUUAAGCAAGGAGCCAUAUCGGAGUUCCCGGAGUUUGAAGCAGUGAAGGUUGAUAUGCCGGACUGGUCUCAAGUUCCGGCGGAGAAAGAUGUGGAGAACUUGUUACAGAACUCUGAGAUUCACUUCUUGAAUCAAGUUCAGGGACCCGAGAGUAUGGCUUUUGAUCCCCUGGGACGUGGGCCUUACACUGGUGUUGCUGAUGGCAGAAUCUUGUUUUGGAAUGGGGAGUCUUGGCUUCCAUUUGCUUUUACUUCUAAUAAUAGGUCAGAUCUAUGUGACCCAAAACCAUCACCAAUAAACUACUUGAAAAAUGAACACAUAUGUGGCAGAGCUUUGGGGCUUCGGUUUGACAAGAAAACAGGUGAUUUGUAUAUAGCAGAUGCAUAUCUUGGUUUAAUGAAGGUUGGUCCUGAAGGUGGAUUGGCAACAUCCCUAGUAACUGAAGCUGAAGGUGUUCCUCUGAGGUUCACAAAUGACCUGGACAUUGAUGAGGAAGGAAACAUUUAUUUUACUGAUAGUAGCAACAAGUAUCAACGCAGAAACUUCAUGCAGCUAGUUUUCUCUGCGGAUGAUAGUGGCAGGGUCCUAAAAUACAAUCCUAAAACAAAAGAAACCAGCGUUCUUCUUCGCAAUCUCCAAUUUCCUAAUGGUCUGUCUCUAAGUAAGGACAGAUCAUUCUUUGUACUCUGUGAAGGAGCCAUUGGCAGAUUACGAAAGUACUGGCUGAAAGGCGAGAAAGCGGGGACUGCUGAAGUUAUGGCAAUCUUACCAGGAUUUCCUGACAAUGUUAGAACAAAUGAAAAGGGCGACUUUUGGGUGGCAAUACACUGUCGCCGAUCACUCUACACUUACUUUUGUGCACUACAUCCCAAAAUCCGAAAAUUAUUGCUGAAGCUUCCAAUUCCAGCAAAGAUUCAGUAUCUGAUCCACAUUGGAGGCCGGCUGCAUGGCAUAAUUGCAAAGUAUAGCCCCGAAGGUAACCUCUUAAAAAUAUUGGAAGAUAGUUCAGGGAAAGUUGUCAAAGCAGUAAGCGAGGUGGAAGAGAAAGAUGGGAAGCUGUGGAUUGGUAGUGUGUUAAUGCCUUUUGUUGCGGUUUACAAAUUGUAAAGCCCCUUUUGUUUUCUCCUCCGGGUUGUAGAACUUGAACGAUUCCAACAAAAUGUUGGUAGUUAUUAUGCACUUGAGAUGCAGCCGUUUCUAUAUUUAUAUGUAAAUUUCUGCAUGAAAACAUUGGAAAGGGAAGAACGGUGAUUUAAACUUAUGAAUAAAGGCAUAACUACGUCACUGGAAGUAUUCUUAUUA